UAGUUGAAAAGAAAAAUGAUAACUAAUUAAUUAUUAAUUAAUUGUAAGUUCCAUAACGAACCCACUAAUCUCUCCACCUCUCUUUUUGUCUUAAGAGAGGAAGGAAGCUCAGGAGUUACACUCAUCUCUUAUUCUGAUCCGUCAGAUUACCCAAAUGAUCAACGGUUAUUAAGCCAGGUGGCAUAUUACAAGGCUUAGUACAAGCUUUAUGUUUAGCUUCUUUUGUGGUGUUUUCUUACAUGAACAAGUGAACAAACCCAAACAAACAGAAAAAGAAAAAAAAGAAAAAAAAAUCCUCAAAAACCAUUCCAUAAAUCAAGCUCAUUUCAACGCACAAAAGUUCCUCUCUAAUUACUCUCUUCUUGGUCUUAAAUUCUUUUCAUGGAAGGAGGAGGAGGAGGUGGUGGUGGUGGCUAUAGUCUUGGGAAUUUACAAAACAACCCUUCUAUAUGUGGACCAGCUCCACCACCAUUAACAGCGGUGGACAGGUUCUUAUGGGGUAGAAGCCAUUCCUCGACUCAAAGUAAUGUUAAGAACAAAGAAACACUUGUUUCAACAAAUGGGUUGUAUGAGUUUUCUUCAUCUAGUGGUGCAAUUGCUACUGGAGUUUCUUCAUGGCCAUGUUUUCAAGAGAUUAACUUUGUCGAUGGGCUUUUUGCUGAUGGAGAUAACCAUAGUUAUUGGGCAUAUGAUACAAACCCUAACGUUGGUUAUGAAGAAGAAGUGAAAGUUUCAGGGAAGAGUUCUAAAGGGAUUGGAAAGAAAGCGAAGAAAGGUCCUUGUCCAACUUUGAUCAAAGGACAGUGGACAGAAGAAGAAGACAGGAAACUAAUUAGGUUAGUGAAGCAAUUUGGAGUAAGAAAAUGGGCACAAAUAGCUGAAAAGUUAGCUGGUAGAGCUGGAAAGCAGUGUCGAGAGAGAUGGCAUAACCAUUUGAGGCCUGAUAUUAAGAAAGAGAGCUGGAGUGAAGAAGAGGAAAGAAUUUUAGUGGAAGCUCAUUCUAAAGUUGGGAACCGAUGGGCGGAAAUUGCAAAGCUCAUUCCUGGAAGAACUGAAAAUGCUAUAAAGAAUCAUUGGAAUGCCACAAAAAGAAGGCAGAAUUCAAGGAGAAAGCACAAGCAAACAGAAAACCAAAUUGGCAAACCUCAGUCUUCUAUACUACAAGACUACAUAAAAAGCAAGAACCUCAAAACUUCUUCUACUGGUACUACUGCCAUUACCAUUACCCCUUCUCAAAGCACAACUACUACCAUUAAUACACCUUCAAGCUCCACCACAUCAGAAGAUCCAUCAAGCCAAUUCAGUUACUUUCUCCCCGACUUAUCUGAACCAACUGUCGAUGACUCUCUAACAUGUGACGAUGAACUUCUCUUCUUACAAAAUUUCUUCACUGACAGUACAAUCAAGAAUCCCAAGAAUCCGGAGGAAAAGGAAACUAACAGCUACAAUGUCGUUGAUCAUCAUCAUUAUCUCAAGUCAUCGAUCAUGGAUCCUCAGCAGUUUACUGAUGCAAGUGACCAAUGUGACUUCUUUUCUUCAAAUUCGAUUCCCAAAAUAUGCCCGACUGAUCCCCAAGAAGAAGAGAAACCCACUAGCCACCUCUAUUCAGAUCUUUAUCUGUCUUAUCUAUUGAAUGGAGCAACUACUUCUUUAUCUAAUUCCAUGGAUUAUGGAUACGAUAAUAACAUGAACCUGGAAUCAGUGAUGAACCAAACUUGUUCAAAUGGAAAGAAAGAGAUGGAUUUGAUCGAGAUGGUUUCUUCAUCUCAUUUCUCUCAGGGAAGCAACAGAAGUAAUUCAUGAUCAUGCUGCUGCUAGGAAAUAUAUAAAACCAAGAUACAGUCACUAUCCCUUUUCUUCUAGAAUAUUCAGUGAUAAGAAAAUCAAGGGUUUUAGGAGAAGUAUGUUAUUGUUCUUGUUCUUGUUCUUGAUAUGUAGGUGUUAAUUAAUGGCAUGUGAGAUGUAUAGAGAAUAUAGAAACAGUAAGAGUGAAAGCAGUUUGUUAAGGGUAAAUGGUGAGUGGGUUGUUGGAUUUUAUUGUUUGUAAUGGGUUUUAGGACAAAUGGUAUGUCUGUUUUCUGUUUUAAUGUUGGUUGAUGGACGCAAUCAUUCUCA